AAUCAUAAGUAGAUUAAUGAGUUUAAUUAUUAAUUGUAUUUUUAUAACUCCUAAUAAUUUUUUAAGGACAAGAUUGAUUUAUUUUGAUCACCCAACAAAUUAUCGCCAAUCAAUAAAAUGGUGCGUCUUUAUAAUGUUGAAGUCCCUGAACAAAAUAUUCAACAUGUUGAACAAAAUAUAACAGUUUAUACGAAUGAUAGAGUAAUAGGAAGUGGAACACUCUAUAUAACUAAAAAAGGAUUGAUAUGGAUAAGUGAUGGUUCGCAAAAAGGAUUUUCUUUUGAAUACUAUCAAAUUGUUCUUCCCGAAAUCUCGCAAGACAACGAACCUCGACAGUUAUAUCUUAGUAUUAUGGUCGACAUUGAUAUUAAUCUGAUUAAUCGUGUUUUAACGGAGGUAAGAUUUGUACCAGCGGAUGUCAAUAAUUUAAACACUAUGUCACAAAUAGUGAGAGAAUGUUACGAGUCAUUCAACAAUAGGUAUUGAAAAAGUGUAGAUGCAAACAUAAUAUAGAAAAUGUUUAUAAUUGUAUAUGAAAGUUCUAAAAUAUAUCAUAGAAAUUUAUUUUCUUAAUAUUUAUUUGUCGGCGAAUCUGGGGUAAAAUGAGACACUUCAUUUUCCGUGUGUCUGAACAAAAUGACAUGCAAUUUUUAAAACAAAAAAAAAUUGAUUUUUAUUUGAAAAUAUCUAAUUAAGGUUUGUAGAAAAUAAUGGGGUAAAUUGAACCCGUGUGAAAAAUUAUAAAUUUUCCAUAAAGAAAAAAAAACUUUAAAAGUUUGUUUUAAUGAGAACUGGGAAAAUCUAACUCUGAGGUAAAACGGGCCAUAGUCUUAAAAAAAAAUUUGUUUUCACUUGAAAUUUUAAACUGUCCGCACUUCCGGACUGAUCAACGCCGAAAAUUUUUUACACAAUUGAGGAUUUAAAAAAAAAAAAAAAAAAUUUUAUCUCAAAAAUAGUCUCAUUUUGCACUGAGUUCUCCUAUUCUAUAUAUUUCAAAAAUUUUGAAUUGUAUUAAUUAUGAUAAUGUAACGGAAAAUCAACGAUCAUACAAACUACGUCAUAUUUAUAUCGAUACUUAUGAAAUCUCGAAUAAAAUAUCAAUAAAUUUUUAAAUAAUAAAUUAUUAAAAUACAAUAAUUAUAAAAUCUAGCAUGAAAGUAUCAAGUCACUAAAUAUAUAUUUAUCACAUACAAACAUGAGUUAAUUACCGUUAAAAGCUCGUCGUCAUAACGCUCGAGUUAUUUGUGUUUGAAUAUAUAUGUAUAUAUAACUGUUAUUGCUAACACACAUUUAGCAUUUAAUGAGCAUUUAAUUGUUAUACAACGUUAUUUACCUCUUAUAUAAUUAAUUACCACACGAAUAUUAAUUAUAUUCUGAUAUAUUAUUAAUUGAUUAAUAAUAACAA